AUUCCCAUGGAGCUCCCACAGCAUAUAAACACAAUAACAUCUAAUGCAAUCACACAAGGUUCGAUGCAAACUGACUGCCUCCUUCUCAAACUGAGAGAUCACUUCCAUCAAAAAAAUGCACUAUCCAAUUGAUAGCCUUAUAAAAAUAUACUACCUGAUCCUAGUUGUUAUUGGUGUUCCUGUUAAUUUACUGGCGAUUGUCAUUCUGUCCCAGGGUAAGUGUGGCCUCUGCACCUGCACCUCUCGGUACCUGGUUUCCAUGGCAUCUGCAGACCUACUCGUCAUCAUCACCGAGGUCAUGCUGUGGCGCGUACUUUAUUAUUAUGUCCCGGGAUCUUUCCUAUAUAUUACACCUGUAUGCAGUGUUAUAAAUGUCCUGAGAUGUGCAGCAACUGACUGUUCUGUUUGGUUCACCGUCACUUUCUCCUUUGAUCGGUUUGUCGCCAUUUGUUGCCAAAAACUGAAAACAAAGUACUGCACUGAGAAAGUAACCCUGUUGGUUUUAUCAAUAACUUGCAUUCUGUCCUGUUUGAGAAGUGUCCCCCUUUACUUUACACUUGAAGCUGGUGAGGUAAUCAACAAUAUCCCAUGGCUCUGUUAUAUAAAACCAAACUUUCAUACUGACCCGGGAUGGAUAGGAUUUGAUUGGUUUGACAAGAUUAUGAAUCCAUUGCUGCCUUUCACUGUAAUUCUGUUGCUCAAUGUUUUGACUGUCCGACACAUCUUAGUGGCCAGUCGUGUUCGUAAAGGACUAACGGGCGGAAGAAAAGCACAGAAUCAUAUUGACCCAGAGAUGAAGAGCAGAAAGAAAUCGAUGAUUUUGCUUUUCAGCAUAUCUGGCAGCUUCAUUCUUCUGUGGCUGGUGUAUGUCUUACAUUUCUUAUAUUAUAGCACAAGUGGUGUAAAUACAAGGGAUUACAACAACUCAGAAUUCACAUUUCAACGUGUCGGCCUUAUGCUGCGGAAUUUAAGUUGCUGUACAAAUACCUUUAUUUAUGUGGCUACUCAGUCAAGGUUUAGAGAGCAACUCAGGAAACUGGUGAAAUACCCAAUGACAUCAAUGAUGGAAGUCGUUCAUGAACAAACCAAUGGGGAGCAUUUUAGAGGCAGAUUCCAGUGAUUUGAGUUCGCAGACAUGGAAUUUUUGUCCAAAGACUGUCAAUAGAGUCAAAAGCAAGAGAAGUGCAAGCUGUGAACAUGUGUUAAAUGGAGGGCCAGUUGUGAUCCAGACUGAAAGAGGUAUGGUGCUGGCUGCAUAAGAGGACAGGAAAAGUCCACCCCAAUAUCUCAAACAAGUGAUGUGUUCGAUUUCAGUGAUAAUGGGAACUGCAGAUUCUGGAGAAUCCAAGAUAACAAAGUAUGGAGCUGGAUGAACACAGCAGGCCAAGCAGCAUCUCAGGAGCACAAAAGCUGACGUUUCGGGCCUAGACCCUUCAUCAGAGAGGGUCAGCUUUUGUGAUCCUGAGAUGCUGCUUAUCCUGCUGUGUUCAUCCAGCUUCACACUUUGUUAUUGUGUGUUCGAUUUCAUCUUACUGUUACUCAAGAAAUGCAAAUUAAAUAAGCCUCUUCUUAUGAAAGCACCGAUUUUCUCUCUUUUCAGAAAUAAUCUAUUGAGCCUGUCUUCCUUCCAUUCUGGUGAGAUCUUCAAGACCAAUUUCUUUUCCCUCACUUAAAUCCAUCCCAACCUCAAUAAUUCACUCUCUCUCUUUCUGGUCCACUCUGUCAGUCCUCUCUUUCUCUCUUACUCUUGCUUGUCACUCAUUAAGUUCAUUCCCAAUUUUUCUGAUCAGUCAAUUACCCUCCAGAUUUCACUGCCUUUGGUCACUGUCUUUGUGUUUGUGAGACACCAUAACAGUGUGUGUGAGGUGGUGCUGUCACAUAUCAGUGUGGAUAGAUGAUUUAUUGUCUCAAAUGAUACUGAGAGUGGACGUUCAUGGGUGUUAUUUAGAUUAGCAAAUCUACAGGGAGAAAAUCCAGGACCUCAACCUUUUCCAAGUUAUGUGUUAGGCAUGGAUGGUAUGGCAGAGAUUGCUAGAUUUGCUCAUGAAGCAAACAUAUCUUGAAAAAUAAGUUAUGAAGUUGAUAUAAUGUGACAUCAAAGGGCUAUGAAAAGGAGUUAAGUGAGUUAGAAAAUAUCGAGUUAAUGGACUUCAAUCUGGAGAGGUGUGCAAGCGUCUGUUUUGGACAGAAGAAUGAAAAGAAGCACAUUAUGAGCAAUGAGUUGAAGGAUCAUGGAGAGAUUUUGGAUUCUGUCUGUGUGCAGAGAUAGCCAGUGUCUGGACGGGAGUGCAGGGAGUGAGGCGGAACCCUCAAGGUAGCAGUGGAGAAGGUUCAGGUUUUGCAAUUUGCCGUAUUUGUUGGCUAAAUUAACCGUCAUUAUCCAUCACUAAUUGUGUUUGAAAUUAAUACAGUAAACCUUCGAAACUGAGCAGGUCUGGCAGCAUCUGUAGGAAGAAAACAGAGUUAAUGCUUCGAGUCUGGUGACUCUUCAUCAGAACUGAUAGCAGUUGGUCAUAAAUAGUACUUAUCCUAAAAACUGGGUUGGGAGGUGGUAUGGUGGGAAAGGGAAGGGGUGAGCAGGUGGUAGAAAUACAGCCCAAAGAGAGAAAGAGAGAGAGAGAGAGAGAGAGAGGUGUGACAAUAUGUGCCUUUAAGAGGGAUUUAUUCUGUUUGGUUUCUCUUCACGAGCAGGUUGUGAAGCAAGUGCUGACUUAUCUGCUCCAUGAAAAGUAGAGUAAGUAGUUUUGUUUAAAGUAAACAAAAGAAGCAGGAAUGCGCAGAUUCAGGCUCACAUAGACCCACGGUUUUAGUUUUGCACUUAAUUGUUGAAUUUGGGCUUUUGGAGUUGAAACUGCCAGAUACAGCUCUCUCUCUCUCUCUUUCUCUAUCUGUCUCUCUGUGUGCUGCUAGUUUCAUCCUGUUGCUGAUCCUUCUCCUGGACUGAAAUCUGUUGAAUUGCUGGAUUUGUCUUUGCCAGGCUGUGUUCAUGGGAUGUGAUAAUGGGAACUGCAGAUGCUGGAGAAUC